ACAAUAAUUAAUAACGGUCCGGCUAAAAAAUCGCAUCCUGUGGAUCCCGAGCGCCCGCACCAAUUGUCAAAAUUAAAAAGUCUAAUGAAUAUCAAUCAAAAAUCUCCGGACUAGCACUGAAGGCGCAACAGGAACAUAACAUUGAAAUGGAAAUUUACAAUGGUUUCUGACAUGCCAGAAUUACCUUUUUUCCCAAAAUAUGAAGUGGAGCACAUCUACGACAACAGCCUGUGUGUCGUUUGGUUCGAAUCUAACUUUUCCCAGGCCUAUUACAACGUCCACAAGACCAACAGGGGCAGCAACGCCUGCACGCUGAUCGCCGUCCUGAUGGCGGCGAAAUGCCACAAGCACAAUCUCAUCGUACAUUACCCCGUGAACGGUUUAAAUAUGAGUUUGAUCAAACUGUUUGCCCUUAGUAUGUUAGAAGGAAACCAGAUUCAUGAAUCUUUAAAAUUUAAAAAUCAGCUGAAACACAUCAAUUUGAACGUACCGGAGGCGAUCAAUUUCGGCGGGCCCGACAUGACGGGCAUCGUCGAAUGGAAAAGUGAGGUAUUCAUGCAACCGCUUGCGACAUCCCUCUACGAGAACAUAAAAACGAAUUGGAGAUUGUGGCUGAGAUCAGAACUGACCAGGGAAAAUUACACGCUCUACAUAAUACUGGUCGCUGACUCCCGCACGAUUUUAUUCAUAAUUCAACUGAAAACUGAAACGGUGACGUUGAUAGAUUCCCACCAGCAUAGCGGCGAUAAGGGCGGAUGCAUGGCGAUUACGGAAUUGCCCAAGCUCAAAUACAUGUGCCAUUGGUAUUGCGAUAUGUUGUACAAAUUUUACCGCUCGAUGCCGAAGAUUUACGAACUUUCUUUCCUGUACUUUUUGUCUUCAUACAAAUAAAACUAACUUACC